AAUGUUAUCAUUCACUGUCUAUGAUCAUGUGAUUUUAGCGAUCAAAUAAAACAAAAGGCACCAAUGAAGAAAAGAAAAAGGAUUUACGUUUAUUUUUGUCAUGCGUGAACUAACAUAUUGAUUACAAACUGGAUUUUCUGAAAAUAACAUAGAAUAAUUAUAGAAACAUGUCAGAGAUUCAUACCAAGUGAAUCAAUAUUACUUCCUGAUUGAGUUUUUAUUUCAAUCGUUCGCGGAAAUAUACAGGUCGUUUCGAUUUUGUUCUCUACUUCAAAAUGUGGAACAUUUCUAACACAAAGACCUGGAAAAGACCACUAUCACAAAGACUGUGUUCAGUUUUAUGUGAAAUUGGGGUGAAUAAGAGAAUGAUACAAAAACGUAGACAAACUUUUCUCCUUCGAGAGACUCUAUACACCAUCGAUGACAACACGGACGGCAAAUCUUCUCCAAAAGGUGCAAGCAAAGUGUACGUGUUUGGAAGUCAAAGUGAAGGCACGACGACGCCGGACAUGCGGUCUGACGUAGAUACGAUGUCAGUAGCUAUCAACAUUCCAGUGGUCAUGUCUCAGACCGAAUGUGCUGACUCGAAACAAAGAUAUUUAUUCACACUUGAUCAAGAUUCCCCACCACAGCAUUGUAGGUUACAACCUAUUGGGUCAGAUACCGAAGCUGACGAGCUUCAUAUAGUUCGUGAAAUAGGUCCAAACGAUAGGCGGUUUAUUUCAAACAAAAUAUUCGAGAAACAGUUGAGGAAACGAAUCUACGGAAGUGAGAAAUGGGAAAGACACGGCCCGUCUAUCACGCCACAUCCUCGAUACGACUGUGUCCACGCCUUUCCCUGCGCUACCAUUCCCGAAGACUGUGUAACAUGGCUAUGUCGUCCUCGACCUGGACAUUGGCCUCUUAGAUGGACGCGUGAAAGGGCGAGGAAGAGUGGAAUAUUUCUGCUCACAUCUGGGCACCCGGAGAGUUACUUCCCUGAGGUGGAGUGGAGGUAUUCAACGUCACUUGUUGAGAGAUAUCUCAUGUUUGAUUGUAACACAAUCCAACUGAGAGCCUUUCUGGUACUGAAGAUGAUGAGAAAAACAUUCUUUAAACCAGUCUUGGGUGACAGACUAAGUACGUUUCAUUUUAAAACAGCGCUUUUCUUCACCAUAGAGACAUAUCCACCCGAAGUUUGGAAGGAACACCGAUUGGUUGAAUGUUUGGAAUGUUGCCUGACAACUUUACUUCGCUGGUUGCAAAAGGGGUAUUGUCCACAUUACACGAUUGCAGGAGUUGAUCUCUUUGUAGGGAAAAUUCAUAAACAAGAAAUGAAACAGCUAAUACAAAUCAUAGAAAACAUUCUUAGCAACAAUCUGCAAUGCCUCACCAGCAUCAGAUUUGACAAUGUAGGCCUCCGACUGGCUAACAAAAUGAGCAUCCUGCCGACACAAUACAAGCAUGUCCACGUGCCAUUCAAGUCCCAGGAAAAUUGCAUGCGUGCCGUUUCAGACGAAAUAUUUGAUGAAAUGGCAUUUUCUCUAUACUCGAGCUUGUUCGUAUUUAUAGCUGGCGUCAUGAAACUGCCUUACCACGGAACUGUACAAGCAGUAUUCAAGAAAAUUCAAAAGUUAGAUUGGUUUCGCAACUCUGGAAACGAGAUUCAACGAAAGGCAGCCGAAAUGUUCUUGCCCCACUUCUGCUCUUUGCUAGCCUCUUUAACUGCAUCAUUUUGUUGUUGCUUUGCGGUCGAUUUACAGCCGCUUACACUCCUGAUGUACAUGAUAGCAGAACAUGGAGACGUAGCCGCCGCAAAACUUAAGUUUGCGUCAAUGUUGUACCAAAGAAAAGACUAUCAACUGGCUUCAUGCGUCCUCAUAUCUGUGUCAAUGAACAUGGGUAAACACGUUUGGUUGGCAUGCAAAGAACACAGACGAACAACUAAAGCGAAGAGCAAAGAUUGCAAUACCCUGCUUCUGAGCAAAGAUCUUAACUACUCUAUGCGGCAUGCACAAGCGAAAUGUGUGGAGUUUAUGCGACAUGAGAUUCAUUGCGUCCCCAAACACUUUGCAUAUGAAAUGUAUAGAGCUGCCAGUCGAGAGGAGAUUGAAAUGAGGGAGCCAUUGGUUGAUGAUUGGAUGGACAUGGCUGUGGUCGACUCUUUGCCAUAUUUGUAUUACUUACAGUAUCUUACUUUCAAGAAAUUGAAUGUUUCAACAAGAGUAGACCAGGCCAGAUCAAAGCUGAUAAACUAUGUGGCACAAUAUAAUGGCUACGGACAUCUAGAAACUGCUCUGAACCUUUUGGGACAUUUUUUCGAAAUGGAAAAUAAUCACUGGCUUGCUUAUGUCAUGUACUGCAAAUCGCUCCAGGCACAGCGAAAAAAUAAUGCUGCAAACUGGCAUAUUAUGCGACUCAUCUAUUCAAGAACACUUAAACAUAUUUGACAUGUGUAACUGAUAGUCUGUUCCAUGUGCAAUCUGUCUCUGCUGUUUUGUGACAUCGUGUGCCACUCGUUUAGUCUCAGUUGUAGUCGUUAUUUUUACCACAGUUUGUUUCUGUAGUUUCCAUUGUAUUAUUGAAAGUCUGAUUCAAGUAAGUAAAUAUGUAAAUAAAUAGCGAA